UACCUUGACAUGCGCAUUUCUGGUAUUUUUCCAACUCGCAGCAUUUGCUGUUAAGAAAUAAACUUAGUGAUGUGUGUCUAAUGGUCGUACCAUGUCGAGGCGUAAGCAAGCGAAACCGCAACAUGUCCACUCUGAGGACCCUGAUUCGGUUAAAAAUGGCUUCCUGCAGGACGACCAGUUAGUGAACGACUGGAGCAAGAUGAAUAGGAGCAGAACGGAGACGUAUGUUUGCGACAAAUGCUGCGCGGAGUUCUUCGACGAGUCGGAAUUCGUCCGGCACCAGAGCGGCUGCGGCCAAGGCAGGCGGGUCCUCAUCGUCAGGGACGACGAUGCGGGGGCGCUCUCGGAGCUGUCGCACGGCUCUGCAGACAGCUGUCCGAGCGACCAGAGCGACAGCCUCUCCGGCGGCGACACGCACUCGAAGGGCAGCGUUUGGGCUGCCCAGAAGACGCGGGAGGCGGAAACGAAUGGCGAGGACAGAUUACAAACAGAGGUUUUCGCCGCCCGGGACACGCCCCGCGCUCCCGACGCCGAGACGGAAGAGCCCCGCGGCGCGUCGGGGGCCGUCGUUCAGCAGUUCCCCGGCGUUAAGCUGCCGCCCAUCCCGGCCGGCCUCAACGCCAUCCCCGCCAUCUUGGAGCAGCUGCUGAGCCUGCAGCACCAGCAGCUCAUGCAGAUCCAGCUGACGGAGCAGAUCCGAGUCCAGGUGGCCAUGAUGGUGUCCGACGGGCUGAGCUCGUUAGCCGGCAUCGGCGCCGCCGUCGACCCCCUGAAGGCCCUGGGCGCCCACCUGUCCCAGCAGCUCUCGGCCGCCGCUGCCAUGAUCGGCAAGAAAGCCGGCGCCCAGAGCCUGUCACUCGAGAGCCUCAAGCACGGAAAGGUGCCUCUCUCCAAAAGCGUCCCCUCUGGGUCGGAUCCGGCAGACCUGGCUCCUAAGGUUUCGUCUCUGUUCCCUCUGAUGCCGGGGGCCUUCGGUUUCCACGGCCCCUUCCCCUCCAACGCGGCCGGCCUGGAACCUUCCAGAAAGGGGAAGAGCGCGCCCCUUAACGUGGGUCUGGACCCAAAAACGGAUCCGGGGGAGCCUAACCUGAAGCGCAAGUGCAUGUACUGCGGGAAGAAGUUUGGGAACGACAGCGGGCUCCAGAUCCACCUGCGGUCCCACACCGGGGAGCGGCCGUACAAGUGCAACAUCUGCGGGAACCGGUUCACCACCAGGGGGAACCUGAAGGUGCACUUCCAGAGGCACAGGGAUAAGUACCCGCACGUCCGGAUGAAUCCCCAUCCGGUCCCCGAGCACCUGGACAACGCGGCCAGCAACGGCAGCGUUCCCUACGGCAUGCCGGCACCCACAGAAGACUCCGGCUUCGCCGGCGGCAGGCCCAUGCUGGGGUUUCUUUCAUCCGGCAGCCGGUUGGCGCCGAUGACUCCUCAGGAUUUCCCGGAGGGCGUGGCGUUCUCCCAAAUGCUGCCUUCCUUCAAAAGCGAAGGUGCCUUCGCCAUGUCGGGCGGACACCCGAGGGCCGACCGGAUCUUCGCGCCCCUGGCGGGCCUCGACGGCCUCCGUCGUCCCGGCGGCAUCGGCUUGUCCGGGGAGCAAGGCUCGGGCACCUCCAAGCUGCAGGAGAUGGUGGACUGCCUGGAGAAGACGGGCAAUCCCAACGAGUGCACCAUCUGCCACCGGGUGCUGAGCUGCGCGAGCUCUCUGAAGAUGCACUACCGCACGCACACGGGCGAGAGGCCCCACAAGUGCAAGACGUGCGGCCGGGCCUUCUCCACCAAGGGCAACCUGAAGGCCCACCAGGCCGUGCACCGGGCCAACGCGCCCCUCCGGACCCAGCACUCCUGCCCCAUCUGCCAGAAGAAGUUCACCAACGCCGUGGUGCUGCAGCAGCACAUCCGCAUGCACAUGGGUGGCCAGAUCCCCAACACCCUCCUGCCGGAUGCUGUGCCGUUCGGGGACCCCCUCGCCGCCGGUCCGUCUCCUCCCGGGGAGGAGAAGGCCGCGGGGGGCGCCAACAGCUUCGGUGAGGAGGGCUCGGAAGAUGACGACCUCGGUUCCCAGAAGGUUCCCGGCGAGCCCAGGGAAGCGCCGUGUCCGCACCCCGCCCCGAAGGAGGAGGGCUCUUCGCCUCCCUCUGAUGCCAUCGCCCUCGACAACCACAUGAAAAGCUUUGCUUCCGCCUUGAAUUUGCAGCUGAAGGCGAGUGUGGCGUCGGAGGUGGGCGGCGUGCUCAACGAGUUGCCCUCCGCACGAGAGGAUUUGCCGAGCCGCAACGACCCAAGUCCCACGGCCAGUGAUUCGGCCUCUUUCCAGUCUAUGUCUCCGGUGCCCAGCCACUUUAAGACUGCGUCUCCCAAUAAUGCCGCCCUAGGAGGCCAUGGUAGGGGAGCGCCGGCCUGGAGUGGCACACUGUGGGAUCCAGACGCCAGCGGCGCUCUGGACCUGACAUCAGCAAGUUUUUUCCCGAAGGCCAUUAAAGAGGAGCCGAGCAUGUCAUUCUCAAAUGGCCCCCCGAAUCUGGCCAGGCUGGAGAUGCACGUCCCCCAGGGGAACCCCUUCGGCACCGACGGCCUGUUCUGCGCCCCGACGCUCGGGUCCGGGACGCCCCUCGGCUCCUUGGCGGCGGCGACACCGCGACGCCCCUCCAAGCAGCACACGUGCGCCACCUGCAGCAAGACCUUCUCCUCCAGCAGCUCGCUGCAGAUCCACGCGCGCACGCACACCGGCGAGAAGCCCUUCGCCUGCACCUUCUGCAACAAGGCCUUCACGACCAAGGGCAACCUCAAGGUACACAUUGGGACUCAUUUGGGGAAUACGUCUGCGAGGCAGGGGCGGCGUCUGUCCUUGGACGCCUCCCACGCCCGAUUGGCGACCGGGGCGGAGUCCAACCCAGCGUCGGAGAUGGUGCCACCCCUGAGUCCUCAGGGGCCUCCCCUCAUUGGUGUGGACUUGUCGAUGCAGAGUCAGUUCGCCGCGGUUUACACUAACGGGCUGGCCAUGAAGACCAACGAGAUCUCCGUCAUUCAGGGGGGUGGGGUCCCCCUGCUUCGAGGGCCUCCCGGCAGCCCCCCGGAGGGCUCCCUGGAGGCUCUCGUGAAAAUGGAGGGGUCCCAGUCCGGCCUCCCUGUGUCGGCGACCAAAAUGGACACGGCCGCGUCGGACGGCAUGCCCCAUUUCCCACAGUUUAUGGAGGAACGUGCACUGUUAGCUGGGGAGCUGAUCUGAACUGUGUCAGGCUGGUCUUCUAACCUGCUGCUGAAGUGGACAGGUUGGGAUGCACGGCAGGGCUGUGAGUCACUCUCUCAAACGGACCAAAGUCGCUCUCCGUUUUGCUGAAUCGCAAGAGCUUUACGGAGGAACCUUGCUUGAAGAAACGAUUUUUUGUGUUCCCUUGCAGUUUCUGAUGAUGAAGUUGAUGAAGGCAGCUGUCCACUCCUUUUCUCCAGAUAUGAAACUGCUCGCCUCGUGUCGGUAUUACUGUUAAACUUGAAUUUAACUACUGUAAAGGCCUUUGUUUGUGUAAUUGUAUGUAUUCAAUAUGCGGGUAACUUACACAAAAAUGCCUUCACGUGUUCAGUCUUUACUUAUGCCAGAAGUUGGAUGUUUUAUCUUUCUUGAAAGACCUUCAAACUGUGCAUUAUCUCUGGGAUUGCAUAUUCGCAUAUUCUCCGUUUCCUGAAUUAGAGGGAUUGACAAAUUAUCGCAGCUAUUAAAUUAAUACCAUGUCAUGUCCCAGUGUUGGAGAUGUUACAACAUAUGCCUCAAAAUCAUUAUUUCAGGGAUUUGUACUCUGUUCGUGUUUGCUCCUGAUAUUAGAUAUAUGUUCUGUUCUUUCAAUACCUUGGUAGCAGUCACUAGUAAACUUCUGUUCUGUUCCUCUAGAGGAAUACAUGCUUCAGGUCGCUGGUGUCACAGCUUCUAUAUUCAAGACCAAACAGUGUUUAGGGAAGUACAAGACACUUUGUCUUGUAUACCUUGCAAUACUAUAUUUUUGUAAAAUGAGUAUUGCUGUAUAUGCUAGAAAGAUUGCACUUGAAAAAACCAAAAAGGAGAAAUAUGGAUGUGUAAUAAAUGUUUUUCUUCUAGUCAAUAUAUAGCUAUUGUUGGCCAGUCCCACCAUAGAAGUUUGUUCAUGUAGUCAGUAGGAAUUCAGUCCUGUGGUUAAAGAAGCCAACCUAAGGAGACCACAAAAGCACAUAAAUAAUGACAUGUAUUAUAAUAAGCACAGUAAUGCAAUCUAUCUGGAGCACAAAUGUAAGCUUAACUCAGAGGAAAUGGGGGGAAAUGAAUGGAGGAAGUCUCUUCUAGGAUAUUGCCAAGUGCCUACUUUGAAACCAAAUCAAGCAUUUUGAAUUCACUGUUUUUUUGAAAACUCUACCUUUGCAUUGAAGGCUUUCAUACAAUUUAUUUUUUAGAGUUUAACCAAAAAAUAAUUGUCCGUUCAGGUUUGUGUGUGUGUGUGUGAGAGAGAUGACACUCAAGGGCUCAUGCACACACUAGAUAACUUUUUGCCUUCUCCAUCCUGUUAAGUAGUGGUUGACAGUGAUUGACAGCUCAUUAUUGCUUGCUCCACCCACUACGUGGUUUGUGAAAUCUGUUGUCGUUACUGUAAGAUGAUUGGAAAGCAGUCAUAACUCCCGUUAGAAUACUCCUGAAUGAAGCCUUUCCCGCACUUUAAUUGAUCUCCCAUUUUGCAUGUGCCACAUUCUUUUAAAAUGCACUUCAGGAUAAAUCGGUGCAUUUUUUAAAUAUCUACUCUGAUCUUAUUUUCAAUUUUCUAGAAGAAAAUAAUAAAUAACCCAGGCGGUUUUUUAGUCAUCAGUAUCGCGCCAAAUAAUUGCUUUUCAGAGACCUGUUUAUAAAUUCUUGGUACAGCCAGCCAUGUUCUCCUAUAAUUGCUUUUAUUUUCUCACAGAAUAACCUGGGUGGAUUUUAUGGCACUGCAGUGUGGACUGAAUUAAGUGCUGAAUUAACUUGCCGUAUACUUGAUUCAGGACUGCCAUCUCUGUAGGUGGUUAAACUGAUCGUUUUGCAGGAAAGAAUAAUACACACAUUCCAUUUAAAGCUUUUCCCAUUUCUUUGUGCUCAAACCCAAGUCCAAAAAUCUUUUGUCUGAAAUGCAGAUUUAGUGACAAAGUGACAAAUUUAGGGAUCACCAAAUUAAUGUACAAAUUCCAUUCACAAUGGGGAAAAAGUGAAGUUAAAGAUCAGGAUCCAUGAUUGAAUCCAAGGCUAGGCUAUUAUUAUUAUUAUGAAUUACGAAGAUUUUUAUACUAACGAUAAUAAGUGGGUGAAGGAAGUUUCAAAUGAACAUGGAAACACACUAUCCCCUAGACCUGAGAAGAUAUACUCCUGCCUGCUCUUUUUUUUUUAUUUAGAACACAAGAAUCAUAUGCUUGAUCUCUCUCUACCUCGCAGGUAUAUUUUUCUGUCCUGCCUUUUUUGUAAUCUAUUUUUAUAAAAGGAAUUCUGUAGGAUUAGAUUGUGAAAUUGUAUUGUGACUUCUAUGGGUGGCUCAUGUGAUAUUUUCACGCUACCUCCUCCCAAUAACCUGCUGAGGGUUCAUAUUGAAUGUAUUGCCAAACUUGCUGCAAGCUGCCAGUCAGAGUAUUGUUCAUGUGUUUAUUUCCCUGUUUUCAGUUGAAGACUUUUGUUACUUAGGGAAAUGAAGAGGGGCUUUAUUUAAUGAUCAGCAUUACUGUAUUUUUUUUCACCUUUUGUUUUAUAUGUGUGUAUAUAUAGGGAUGGUCAAUAAAUGGACUGGGCUCAGAAACAAUGGAGAUGAAUUGCUUUCCAAAUUGUGCUUUUGAACAGUAUGGCAGUACAACGCUAUACCUUUUCAAACUUAACAAUGAUAACCCUUACAUAAUGUUUUAGGAAAGGUCUCUUUAAUGAGAAAGUUGAGUAUUUUUUUACGGUGAUGUACGAUAAAGAGUGUGUGACAAGUUCCUCUAGGUUUGAAAUGACAAAGCACAACGCUAAAAGCUAUCAAUGUGGUUUAUGAUACCGUAGAAAGGCUUCCCCCAUACAAUAAAGCAUAUAUAUGUUAUAAAUAUAUGUGUAUGUAGCAUAUGCCGCUAAGAGACGCUUCCCACCCCCCCUCCGCCCCCCCUUUAGAGACAGAUUUCUUGCAGACUGGAUUUUAUGUCAUGUGAGCGUAGGGUCAUGCGGAGUCUGCCCUCCAGAUUAUGAACCAUGUGCUUCUGAGCUACUGGCCACCAGCUGUGCAAUUGCAGGGGAUACAGCAUUUCCAAAAGGUAGAACAUUUGAGUGAAUGCUCAUGCUGCUAGUGCCGUAACUCUUCAAUGACAAAUCUAUCAAGGAACGAGUUAAUGGUUUGCACUACAACGAAGCUAAAAUGCAGUGUUUUUGUUCUGUAUUAAAUGUCUGUAUUAAAACGUCACUUGCUUUAAUAUCUAUAAAGACACAUUGUUAAAGAACAGUCACAUCCGCCCUUUAAAAAGUCCCUGGGUGUGUGCGACUAGUUUGUUUUCUGAUAACCAAAGAUGACUUCUUAUGCAUGUGGAAUUUAAUUUGAAUGUAAAUAAAUUUGCUGUGACCCCGA